CUUGCAUUCCAUGACAUUUCUAUUCAUCAUAUUUAAGUGUUGUAAACAAAAGUUGCUUUCCAUAAAUUUGUCAAAAUACACAAUAAUUUCACACUGCCUUGCUUUAAAUAAUUUCAAAGUCAAACAGUAUUAAUCAUUGUUAAACAUCAGCAGGAUUAAAAUGUCGUACUUGGUCAAUUUCACUAACGACACUGCCAAGCAAAUCCUUAUUGAAAUCAUACGAACAGUGAAUCAGCCAGAGAACUCUAAGAAGCUAUCGGAAGCAAAGGCUUCUGCUGGCAAGGAAAUGCUGUUAAUGAUGCAGCAUGUCUUUCCGCUUGUUAUGCAAUUGCAAACGGAUGUAAUUAAAACCUAUGGAUUCCCAGGAAACCGUGAAGGGCUCGUACAAUUCUCUCAGCUGGUGCGGGAGAUGGAACGCGAGGAUGUGGAAAUUGCAAGACUACGUAGCCAAAUAAGAGCCAUCUACUUGCCGCCUAUUGCUAUAAAUACAACAAAUGAUAUUUUGAUAUGAUUGAAUAUAAUUAGUAACGAAAGACUGAAAUAAGAAAUGUAUUAGCAAAAAACAAAAAAAAAAAAAAACAAAAAAAAAGCGGUUCAGAGCUGCAGCUCUACAAUAGGCACAAAAAUGCAUUUAUAUUAAGAUUUACAUACCUACGUAUUAGGGUAGUUUAAAACCUAUUAUACUUUUGUAAACGUGUUUUUUAUGAAAACAAUUGGGAUAGUUUUCAUAGAAACUGCUCACAAUACUACGUUAAAGUAUGCAAACACAAAUUAUAAAUAUAAUAGUUAUUGUACGUAUUGAUUAAUGUCAAAUAAAUCACUAAUAAGUAUUAGCUUUUAGCAAACAUAUAUUUGCUUAUGCUUACGAGUUACCAUUUUUUUCUGUCAGGCACUUGCUUUUCUUUAAAUAUUUAGUAAUUCAAACCCGUAGCUUAAGUGACCAUCAUAAUAAAAGUUCAAUAAAAUAAUA